AUGCACGUUCCUAGGCUUGAGGUGGAGGUCGUUGCUGGUCAUUCGGAGCGUCCCGAGGCAACCUCUCUGGUAUUGGGCCCGGAAGUUUGUCCAUCCACAGCACGCGUCCCUCCCAAAGCAGAGGAGAGGCUGACAACGUCAUCUUCUCCACCCGGUGUGUCUGAGAGUAGAGGCCGGCCUGAUCACCCGACCCGCUUCUCUUGGGACCACUCGCUGGGUAGCCCGUCCCGUUUCCCCCAGGUUCCUACGCGGCACAGAGUACCUGUGGAGCGCCUGGACGAGGAAGCGGAGGAAAGGGAGAGGGAGCGGCAAGCGACUAUGGAACUUCAAUACCGACUCAAGAAACUUGAGAUCGAGGCCGAGACUGCGCUGAAAAUGCGGCGGCUCGAGCUGGAGGCAGAAGGCCGUCUUCCUCUUAACCCUAGCCGGGUCGUUGCUGCUGUUGAGCCAGCCCACAGUCCGGUCCAACCUGUUGAUCUGGUCCCUGAGGCCUACCGGCAGCGCUUCAGAGGCCUCAAGAAGGCCCCAAACCAGACCUAUUUCCACGGAGAUGGGUUCCCCUGA